AUGGUGCCGGUUCGUAAACCUAAUGGUCGCGUACGGAUCUGCGUAGACCUAAAGAAGCUGAACGGCAACGUGAAGCGCGAGCACUUCCCUCUUCCGACAGUUGAGGACACACUGGCUAGGCUCGCCGGAUCUACUGUCUUUUCCACGCUUGUUGCCAACAGCGGCUUCUGGCAAGUGCCUCUCACGGAGUCUGCAUCCAAGCUGACCACGCUCCUCACGCCUGUGGGUCGUUUCCGAUUCCUCCGGAUGCCAUUCGGUAUAACCUCUGCACCGGAAAUCUUCCAGCGACGCCUGCAGGAUUUCCUGUCCUACGUCAAAGGUUCUGAGGUAUUCAUGGACGACGUUCUGGUCCACGCCGCUAACGAAGCUGAACACGACCACCGGCUGGACACAACGCGCCAGGUCCUUGCCGACGCAGGCAUCACUCUAAACCCCGACAAAUGCCACCUCAAGCAGUCGUCAGUCAAGUACCUGGGACACAUCGUCAGCGGGUCCGGUGUGAAACCCGACCCCAGCAAAGUCUCCGCCAUUGACGACCUCAAGGAGCCUACGAAUAUUCCCGAGCUCCGCCGUGCCUUAGGUCUGUUCACAUACGUCGCCAGAUUCAUCCCAGAAUUGGCUACGAUCUCAGUGCCCCUCCGUCAGCUCCUGCACACCGACACUGAUUGGUUCUGGGACUCCCCGCAGCAGGACGCGUUCUGUCGGCUGAAAGAGCUCGUCGUUUCAGCCCCGUGCUUAGUGCACUAUGACCCCAAGCGUCCCAUCAUGGUCAGUGCCGAUGCCAGCAGCUAUGGCAUUGGUGGUGUUCUGCUCCAGAAGCACGAUGGCGACUGGCGCCCAGUGGCCUACGCCUCCCGUUCCCUGACCAAGACGGAACAAGGCUACGCGCAGAUCGAAAAGGAAUGCCUCGCAGCGGUGUGGACGUGCGAGAGGUUAGACCAGUACCUCUUCGGCGCUCCCAGGUUCAUCGUGCAGACGGACCACAAGCCGCUAGUGCCACUGAUCAACACCAGAGACCUGGACAAGGUUCCCAUCCGAUGCCAACGAAUGCUGCUACGCUUCCUCCGGUACGAAGUCCAUGCCAUACACGUUCCCGGCAAGGAUCUGGUGGUGGCUGACACGCUUUCACGAGCGCCAGCAUCGGCAUCAGUUGACAACGUUCUGCAAGACGACAUCGGCAUGGUUUUAUCAACCACUGCCGAAUAUCUCAUGAGUCCAUCCGUUCUCGCCGACCUAGCCAAGGCUACGUCUGAAAAUCCCGUGUUAUCCAGUGUGAUGCACUACGUCAUCCAUGGCUGGCCUGCUACCGUCCCUGACGACAUCAAGCCGUUCCAUCGUGAGCGAGGCCAGUUGUCUCACAUGCAAGGUGUCUUGUGCCACGGCUUUCGCCUGGUUGUUCCGUCCGUGCUACAGCCUAAGAUCCUCCAGACGCUGCACGAUGGUCACCAAGGUGUCACGAAGAGGAAAGCCCGUGCCCGCUUCUCGUCGUGGUGGCCAGGUAUCUCUGCCGACAUCGAGGCAUAUGUCGCCAAGUGCACUACCUGUAUCAAGCAGCGUCAUCAGUCUCCAGAGCGUCUUCAGACAACUCCGUUCCCCGAGCGCCCGUGGCAGCGUAUCGCAUCGGAUCUCUGUGAUGUCGACGGCCGCCAGUACCUGAUUACCGUCGACUAUUUCUCCCGUUACAUUGAUGUCGCUUGUCUCUCAGCGACUACGUCACGGGCCGUCAUUACUCAUCUGAAGAGCAUAUUUGCUGUCCACGGCUAUCCGGACAUCUUCGUCAGCGAUAACGGGCCACAGUUCGCUUCCGACGCCUUUGCACGGUUGAUGUCGUCGUGCAACAUCAUGCAUCGGACCAGCAGCCCGAAGCAUCCUCAAAGCAACGGUGAAGCAGAAAGCGCCGUGCAGACUGCCAAACGACUCAUCCGUGCGCCAGGUGAUCUACAGCAGUCCCUCUUAGCCUAUCGCUCCACACCCCUGGCCAACGGCUAUUCGCCCGCCGAACUCUUGUACGGCCACAGGCUCCACACCAAUCUUCCGUGCUCACCUGAUCUCCUGCAACCCUCCUGGCCAGACAUCUCCACUCUCCGGGCCAAGAAGCAGGAGGCUAAGCAUCGGCAAGAAGAUCACUUCGAUCAACGUUUCGCAGCCAAGUCGCUCUCCCCUCUGCCACUGGGAGCGAAAGUGUGGGUCGACGACAAGCGCGAGGGUACAGUGGUUGAGCAACUCACCGAUCGCUCCUACAACAUCGCCACCUCAUCCGGUCUUCUGCGCCGAAACUGUCGUGCAGUGAAGUUGCUCCAGCCAGUGACUCCUCCCGGACCGGUGACAGCAGUACCACCGGCCGCGCUAGUCCCGCAACAACAGCCUGUGCCUAUGGCACAGCCAACUCUGCGUGCUCGCAACAACAUCCAGCCACCGCAGAGAUUGAUCGCUACCAUGUAA